UGAUGAAAAAAUGGAUGAUGAUGAUGGUUGGCUUAGUAAAGAUUCUCAAAAAUUAAAUAAAAAUAAAUCUGCAAAUUCGUCUUCCUCUCCAUUUAAUAAUCAAAAGUCGUUGUCACCUACAAGGGAUUCUCUUUUAGAAAAAUCAAAAAAUUUUAAUGAAAAGAUUUUUGAAAAUAAUUUUGUUGAAGAAAAAGAUGACGACACUGACACAGAACCUGGUGAAAUUCCAACAGAUUUUAACGAAACAAAUAAAUUAAAUAAUGGAGAAUUAAGUUUUUUUGAAAAUGAUGGUCCUGAUAAUCUUGAUAAAGAUAUUAUUUGGUUAAUUGGAGGAGGAAAAAGAAGUGAAAGUAGCAAAACGGUUGUUGGAAAUUAUAAAAAUGUUAAUAAGAAUAAUCUGGUUGAAGGAAGAAUUGAGGAACAUGUAAGGAUGGAAGAGGUUGAUAGUUGGUUUAGUAAAGAUUGUCAAAAUAAAUCUCAAACAUUUGAAGAUAAUUUAAAUUCUAAAAAUAUCGGUAAAAAACAAAUUGAGGAACAGGAAAAGCAAAAAGAAAUUAUUUUAUUAGAUGAUAAAGAAGAAGAGGAAAGUGUUGAAUUAAUUAGUAAUGAUGGGACAGAACCUGCAGAUAUAUUAAUUUUAAAUAAUUUUAUUGAAGAAAUUGAUAAUUCUGUUGGAAAUGGUCAAAAGGAACAUGAAAGAAUGGAAGAGAGUGAUGGUUGGUUAAAUAAAGAAGAUUAUCAAAAUAAAUCUCAGGCAUUGAAGGAUAAUUUAAAUUCUAAAAAUAUUAAAGAACAUCCAAAACAAGUUGAAGAAAAAGAAAUUAAUGAAAAGGAAGACGAAAUAAUGGAGGAAGAAGAAGAAGAUGGAUGGCUUAGCAAGGAUAGUGGUCAAAGUUUGGCAGGGAAGUCGAAAACAUUAAUUGAAGAAGAAAAUACCUCAAAAUCAAUUGAAAACACAUUUUCGCCUUUAAAGAAUUUUAUUCAACAAAAAGUGUUUGAACAACAAGAACAAUCACAAAAAACAAAGAAAUUAAUUGAAGAUUCUGAUUUUUUAAUUAUUGAGAAGCCAAUGUCUCCUUUAAAAAAUUUUAUUAUUCAACAAGAAGAACAGACAAAAAUUAAUGAAAAGAUUAAUGAAACUCCAAUUUUAAAUAAUAAGGAAGACGAAAAUAAAGAUGAUGACGAUGUUUUAACUGAACCAGGAGAGAUUCCUCCCUCAGAUUGUGAGACUGAGCCUGGUGAAAUACCUCCAUCAGAUAAUGAGUCUUUUGGUAGUACUGAGCCUGGAGAACUUCCACUUUCUGAUUUUGAAGAAGAAGAGAAGGGGGAAGAAAAAAUAAAUAAUUUUAAUUUAAAUAAUGAUUGGAUAAUUGAAAAAGAUGAAAGGAGGGAAAAUAAUACAAAAUGUUCUGAGACGGUUAUAAUUAUUCGAAUGGGGAUUUUAUAG